AUGACUGCCCAAGAAGUCUCCAAGGGAGGUUACCUCCGUCCCGGUCCUGUCGAGUCCUUUAUCGCGAACGGUCUCAAGGCCCAGGAUUACUACUUUGAUCUCCCCCUCUACCACACCGAUGCCUCCAAGAAGGAGACCAUUGUCGUCUUUGCUCGCAGGGUUGUCGCUGUGGACAAGCAGGCUGAUGCAGACAAGUUGCCCUGGCUCAUUUACUUCCAGGGCGGUCCCGGAUUUGGAUCUCCUGCUUAUACCACGGGAUGGGUCAAAAAUGCUGCCAAGAAGUUCAACGUGUUGUUGCUGGACCAGCGUGGAACAGGCCUUUCGACUGCGAUGACUGUUCAGGUCCUCUCCCAGUUCAAGACUCCUCAGGAGCAAGCCGAGUAUUUUAUGCAGUUCCGCGCCGACUCGAUUGUUCGCGACUCUGAGCUCAUCAGAGAAACUCUUCUUGCCAACAGCACGGAGAAGAAGUGGAGCCUUUUGGGUCAGAGUUAUGGUGGAUUCUGCAUCACCACCUACCUUUCCUUGUUCCCCGAGUCGAUCACGGCGGCGUACAUCACUGGAGGAAUCCCACCUGUUGUUGAUUCCUUGGAGACUGUCUACCGCAAGUCGUACAAGAGCGUCAUGAAUCAUACGGAGCAAUACUAUAAGCACUUCCCCAUGGAUAUUAAGCGCGUCAAGAAGAUUAUGAAGUACCUUGCCACCAACGAGGUCAAGACGCCCAACGGAAGUAUCCUCACCCCACGCAAGUUCCAGCAGCUUGGCAUAAGAUUCGGCUUGUCUGGCGGCAUGGACUCAAUUCACCAGCUUUGUCUCAGCGCGUUCGUCACCAUUCAAGGCAAGGAGGUUCUUUCGAGUGCCUUCUUGCACGAAAUUGAGUCUGCACAGGAUUUGAUCCCCCCAAUCUAUGCCAUCCUGCACGAGGCUAUCUACUGCGACGGACCCAACGUUGCCUCCAACUGGACCGCCUCUAAGCUUCUCAAUGGAGAGUUCAAGAGCGCCUUUGGAUACUCUGUAGAGGAGUAUGGGUCUCUUGAGGAUGACUCUAGCAAGAUUGUCUACUUUACCGGCGAGCACAUGUACGACUGGAUGUUAGAAGACUAUGCGUACCUUCUGCCUCUCAAGGAGUGCGCAGAGAUUCUGGCCAAGCACACCAACUGGCCCAAGCUCUAUAACCCCGAGGUUCUGGCCAAGAACACUGUCCCUGUCGCUGCUGCUGUUUAUUACGACGACAUGUUUGUUGACCGCGAGUGCUCUGAGAACACUGCUAAGCUGAUCCAGGGUAUGAAGCUCUGGAUCACCAACGAGUACAAGCAUUCUGGUCUCCGCGACGACAGCGGUAUCCUGACCAAGCUUAUGAAGAUGGUCAGCAACGAGGUUGAUGUCCCCACUUUCUGA